UGGACUCCCUACUGCUCUCGUGGUCGUCGUCCUCCUUCCUACCUUCCUUCCUCCUUCAAUAGUCCACCGAGUCUGCCAAGAAAUGUCAACAACAGCUGAGAAACUCCAUACCUACCGACACGCUUUCCAUCUCCAAUUCAUCUCCGCCUCCGCCUCCGCCUCCGCCUCCUCCCCCAUCCCCUCCCUUCCGUCCUGAGCCUCCCCUGGAUUAUUCGUUGGUUUGCUUUGCCUUGCCGGACCGACUCCUCUCGGAUAUGUCGUUGGAAUCGAGCUCCGGCUCCGCCGAGCACAACAUCAGAGGCGUCCCCACCCACGGCGGCCACUACGUCCAGUACAAUGUCUACGGAAACCUCUUUGAAGUCUCCCGGAAGUACGUCCCUCCUAUCCGCCCCAUCGGCCGUGGAGCUUACGGCCUUGUUUGUGCUGCCGUAAACUCGGAGACGCAUGAGGAGGUUGCCAUCAAGAAGAUUGGCAAUGCAUUUGACAACCGGAUAGAUGCCAAAAGGACUUUGCGGGAAAUUAAACUUCUACGGCACAUGGAUCACGAAAAUGUUGUUGCUCUUAAAGAUAUCAUAAGACCUCCACAGAAAGAGAACUUCAAUGAUGUCUACAUUGUUUAUGAAUUGUUGGACACUGAUCUUCAUCAAAUAAUCCGGUCUAGUCAGCCGUUAACAGAUGAUCAUUGUCGGUACUUUUUGUAUCAGUUGCUACGAGGCCUCAAAUAUGUACAUUCAGCAAAUGUUCUCCACCGUGAUUUAAAACCCAGCAAUUUGCUUUUAAAUGCCAAUUGCGACCUGAAGAUUGGAGACUUUGGUCUUGCAAGGACAACAUCUGAAACAGAUUUCAUGACCGAGUAUGUUGUUACUCGCUGGUACCGUGCACCAGAGUUGCUUCUUAAUUGUUCAGAGUACACUGCUGCAAUUGAUAUAUGGUCAGUGGGUUGCAUCCUUGGUGAAAUUAUGACGAGGCAGCCCCUUUUCCCUGGCAGAGACUAUGUUCAUCAGCUGAGACUAAUUACAGAGCUCAUAGGAUCUCCCGAUGACUCGAGCCUUGGAUUUUUAAGAAGUGAUAAUGCUCGAAGAUAUGUCAGACAGCUUCCGCAGUACCCUAGGCAGCAAUUCUCUGCCAGAUUUCCAGGAGUGUCCCCUGGUGCUCUUGAUCUACUGGAGAAAAUGCUCGUCUUUGACCCGAAUAAACGCAUUACAGUUGAUGGGGCACUGUGCCACCCUUAUUUGGCACCUCUUCAUGAUAUCAAUGAGGAGCCAGUCUGCCCGACUCAAUUCAGCUUUGACUUUGAGCAGCCCUCGUUUACUGAGGAACACAUUAAGGAGCUCAUUUGGAGGGAGUCUGUAAAAUUCAACCCAGACCCAACUCAUUGAUAAUUCCCUUCUCGUUCAAAUAUGUUCUAACCAGAGCAUCAUUUGAUCCUGUGAGAAAUCCACUCUUAGUCCAGAGGAUGCUGCAGGACUCGCUUUGAAAUCUGGCUUGAGUUUGGUAUGAUGAAAGUUGAGUCGGCUUUCAUCCGACAUAUUAGUGUGGCUUGUAAAUUUUAUGUUGUAGAAAGGAGCUGUCUGAGAAUAGCUAUUGUUGAGAAUUUAUGUUGCUGUUUGUUAAGAGCGCUAACUCCGCUACUGUUGGUGCUUGUCUCUUUUUUUGCUCCUUGGUGUUUUGUAAGCAUAACCAUAUGAGACUGAAGCAUAGUUCAUUACUCUAAAGCCAGGCUCUUAUUUUUCUUCUGCUAUAUAUAUAUAUGUCCUUUAAACA